CCCGGGCAGGGCCGUCUCCUUUCUCGGCCCUGUCCCGGGCAGGGCAGGUGCUGGGCAGGGCCGUGGAAGUGCCUCUGGGUGCUGGGCCGACGCUUUUGUUCCUGCAGGGGAAUUGCUGUGAUGAGAAGGUGACAGAUCACGGGAAAUAAUAACUACUAUGGAACCUUGGCAGCCUUGUAGGUUUGGAAGGCUUAAAUCCCACUUCGGAGAGGCCUCUUCCAGUCCUGAUGAUUUGCUGGCUGAAGCGCUUAAUUAGAAUGGCUUUUGAAAACAUUGGAUUGAACAUGGAAUCAGUGCUUUGGUCGAGCAAGCCUUAUGGUUCAUCUCGAAGUAUUGUAAGAAAAAUUGGUACUAACCUUUCUCUUAUACAGUGUCCAAGAGUUCACUUUCAGCUUGUUUCUCAUGUCACGGAAAGAAACAGUCCUACUCAACUCAGAGAUGAUGCGGUGGCCUCCCUUGCUGAUGUGGGAUGGAUUGCUGAAGAAGAAGGUGAAGUCUCUACGAGGCUCAGGUCAGAAGUUUGGUCAAGACCAACCCAGCCUCUUCCAGGUGAAGCACAUCAUUCCAGGAGGUCCCCACACAGACAGACGUCCUUGCAAAGCCCGUCGGGAGAGGAACCAGUGCCCAGGAGCGCAGUGAUGGCAAAUGAAGAAGCACUGCAGAAGAUCAAUGCCCUAGAAAACGAACUGGCCUCUUUAAGAGCGCAAAUAGCCAAAAUUGUAACCUUGCAAGAGCAGCAGAACUUGACAACAGCUGGCUCAAAUCCACUUGCUUCAGCUGCUGUCCCUGUUCCACCUCCGCCACCACCUCCUCCUCCUCUGCCUCCACCCCCUCCCUCAGGUCUGGGUCAGAGUAAGUCUGCAGUUGAUCUCAUUAAAGAGAGGAAAAACAAGAAAAUGAACUCUGGCCAGAACGUGGUGGAAAACGGGCCAAAGAAACCUGAAAUACCAAACAUGCUAGAAAUCCUCAAAGACAUGAACAGUGUGAAACUACGCUCGGUGAAAAGAUCCUCAGAAGGUACAAAAUCUAAAGUGUCUCAGCCUGCAGAUCCUGCAACAUUAAUAGCAGAAGCUCUCAAAAAGAAAUUUGCUUAUCGAUACCAAAAUGAUAGCCAAAGUGAAACAGAAAAAGUGAUUCCAAAGGCUGAAACAAAGACACAGACUGAUGUAGUGCUGUUUGGACCACACAUGCUGAAGACUACAGGAAAAAUGAAGACUUUAAUUGAAAAAUCUUAAAGAUUAUUCUGCAAAAGACUGUUAAGCUGCUUUGUAUAAAAUAUUUUAUGCAAAUAGCACUAGUACUGAGCGGUUUCUUUCUUACAGCACAGAAAGACCUGAUGUGAAAUGUAGAAAUGAGGCACUAAACAUGUUUGUGUGUAUGUGAUUUAGGGAAUAAAUUGGACCAUUAUACUCAGGUAUUAAUUUUGUAUUCAAGCCUGACUUUCCACUCAUAUUUAUGUGAUGGGUUUAGUUUAUUAACACUAAGUUAUAUAUACAGCAUUUUUUGUGCAUAACUGACAAGCUUAAAAAUUUGUGUACAUGUUAUUAAUGAUGGUGAUAGACCCUUAAGUUAAUCCCGAUUUUAUGUGAGCUCUACCUGUAAUUUGCACUACAAUGUGUAAUUUGAUACUGAAA